AUGUUUUGCACUUCAUAUUUCAGUUUCGUAAGUAGAGCAGAAUCACGAGAAGGUGGUGAGACUUUGAAUCUGAUGCUUCUGCAAUGCGGUUCAGAUGAAAACAUAUCAAUGUAUUCGGCUAGCAGCGGUCAUAUUGAAACGAAAGAAAAACGGAAGAGACGCCCAUCACGUUGGGGCACUCCUACUACUUCAAAAAGCCAUGAUAAUACAAUUAUAACUGCUUCAAUACCUCUUCCUUUGGGACCACCGUUGACGCAGUCAGCAGUUUCUUUAGAAAAUAUACCGGUACCUUCAACAGAACAACAGCCGUCACAGUCGCAAGUGGCGCUAACUUCAAGGCCAUCUGCUCUUAAUACGGCUCCGUCUACGUCUUUUGCGCUCAAAUCGGCAUCGAUACCACCAUUUGGAAUGGCUACUGGACAGCCGCAGAUCAAUUUGGGUGCAUUUACUGGUUCAGGUCUAGGUCAACAGCCUCUUGGUUUAAGCCAGCAGUCUCUGGUCACUCUAGGACAGCAGCAAUUAACCAAUCUGGGGCAGCAAACUUUGGCUGGCUUAGGACAACAACCAGUACCAGGUUUAAGCCAACCUCAGUUGACGUCUAUUGGACAAGGAUCAUUAGUUCAAAUGCAGCCAUCUUUGCUGCCGAAUUUCUUCUUACCACCGCUGAAUUUAGGUGCAAUGAACGGUUUAUUGGCAGCAGGUUUGCUUGCGAAUAACAAUCCAUUGGCAGCUCCGCCGAUCACUCAACCACUAGGUCAACCAUCUUCUGCAACCACGACUCCUUUUAUGUUGAAUCCAGUGCAGCUUUCAGCAGCCUCAGCUCAACAACUCAAUCAACAUUUUGUAAAUUUGGCAACAACACUACGGCGAAAUGUAGAUACGGCUGCUGAUUCCUUACAUUUAUCUCAACAGCCUCCUAAACAGCCGGAGGGCGUCCCGCCACCCCCACCGGUCAUGAAAGCAUCUGAAUCUGCAUCCGCCAAUAUAUCUCUAUGUGAGCCGUUGGCUGAAAAAAUCAGAAAAUUAAUUGAAGCUAGUAAUGUCAGACCUCUGUGCGACUCAAGCGUCGAGGAUGGUACCACAAAAAUUGGUACUACAGUAAAUGAUGAAAUAAAGAAUGUGGUGCUGUGCGAUGAUUCAAAAGUGGGCGAGCCGGGGCGUAAAAGUGCUAGUGCGGACGACGAAGAAACUGGCGAAGCCGUCAAAGUAAAAAAAUUUCACAAGAAUGGUGCAAUGUUCGAGGAAGCUCGACGAAUGCUUUCUUCUUCACUUAAGAAAGUUUACAGAUUGAAGCAAAUUACUAAACAAGAAUAUAAAGAAAUAAUGAAAAAAGGUGUGACAGCGUUAUCUCAGCGCACAAAACUGGAUCAAAGAAAGGUGGACGAGUAUGCGGCAAAGUACGUGGAGUGCGUUGUACAUCGCCGUAAAAAGCGACAUUAA